UUUCAGAAGAAGACCAGGCAUGCGAAGCCUAUUACAAGUCCACAACAACAAGAAACGAAAAUGGUCGUUAUGUUGUGCGACUCCCUUUCAAACCCACCUUCCCAGAUUCUAUAGCUCUAGGUCACUCUAGAAUAUCAGCAGUCCAGCAAUUUCUAAGCUUGGAAAAAAGUCUGAUAAAGAAAGUGAGCUCAAAUCAGCGUAUGGUAAUGUGAUGGACGAGUAUCUAGACCUCAAUCAUAUGGAAGAAACUGUACCAUAUGAAAAAAUAUCUAAAGGUAGAUAUUUAUCUUUUUAUCUACCACAUCACGGGGUAAUACGACCUGAUAAAAUCACAACAAAGGUACGAGUGAUUUUCAAUGCCUCAAAGUGUACGAACUCAGGCAAAUCACUCAACGACAUACUAUAUACUGGCACAACCUUACAACCUGAUCUCAUGCUGUUAAUAUUAAAUUGGCGCAUGUUUAAAUACGUAUUUAAUGGGGAUGUAGAGAAAAUGUACAGACAAAUUCUAGUACAUAAAGAUGACCAAGAUUUCCAGCGUAUAGUCUUCCGCAAAUCGAGUAAUAGUCCAAUCAGCGACUACAAACUUAAAACCGUCACCUUUGGCAUCAAUUGCGCACCCUAUUUGGCGAUCAGGACACUGCAUGAAGUGGCAAAAACGUGUGAAACAAAUUUGCCCUUAGCAACUUCUGUGUUACAAACACAAACAUACGUGGAUGAUAUUCUAUCAGGUAGCCACAGUCUGUCCUUAGCGUGCGAAUCACUAUCUCAAGUGAUCAAAGCACUAAAUUCAGCGGGAUUCCCCUUAAAGAAAAUUACAUCAAAUCAUCCCGAAAUAAUAAAAAACAUAAAAAAGGAAGAUUUAUUAGAUACAAAUUUCCUUAAAUUUGAAACGGCCAGUACAACAAAAACCCUAGGGAUUCAAUGGAAUGCGAUAACAGACCAAUUUUCAUAUAAAAUUGAGUCAAUAUCUGCAAUGUCCGCCAUAACCAAACGCCAAAUACUUUCCUCGGUGGCAAAACUUUUCGACCCCGCAGGAUGGCUUUCGUCAACAAUGAUACAAGCAAAAAUCCUAAUUCAAGAAUUGUGGCAAGAUGGCACUGAAUGGGAUGAACAGGUAAAACCUGUACGUUUAACAAAAUGGGUACAAUUUGCUAACAAUUUGCAUACUAUAUCAGAAAUUCGAAUCCCUCGAUGGGUAAAUUUCACCCCUAACAUUAACACAGAAUUACACGGUUUCUGUGAUGCCUCUGAAAAGGCUUAUUGCGCAAAAGUUUACGUACGUACACAGUACGAGAAGAAAAUAUCUGCACACCUCUUGGUAGCCAAAGCCAAAGUAGCACCUUUAAAGACACUCAGUCUGCCACGGCUUGAACUGAAUGGUGCUCUUCUGUUAGCAAAAUUAAUUUCAAUAGUUCAAACCCAUCUGAUAUUAACCGAUCAUAAAACAUAUCUUUGGUUAGACUCAGAAAUAGUUUUAGCAUGGUUAGAAAAACCACCCUAUUGCUGGAAGAUCUAUGUAUCUAACCGAAUAUCCCAAAUUCUAGACUUAGUUGGCCCAGCAAAAUGGCAACAUGUUGCAAGUGCGGAUAACCCAGCGGGUCUUGGGACAAGAGGUUGCAGGCCACUGCACCUCACCAGCACUACACUCUGGUGGAAUGGUCCAACAUGGCUAACAGAAUCACAAGAAUUCUGGCCAAAGUCUCCCGCUCGUAAUAUAAUACCGCCGGAAAGUCGGAAAAUUGAAAAUUUUCAUAUCACUCCAGAAUAGGAUGAUAUUCUACACCGAUUUUCUUCCUUUCCUAGAGCACUAAGAGUAGUGGCUUACAUGCACAAAUUCACCCAAAGACUUAAACAAAAAAUGAAAGGGAUACCAAAUGAUUCUUGCGUACAACUAACGCAUACCGAUUUGCAACAUGCCAAAGUUAGCCUCAUUACCUACACCCAAACUCGCUAUUUCAGUCGAGAGAAAGCAAAGUUGGUCGAAAAACGACCACUCGAAAACAGAAGCUCUCUUCUCGUCUUAAACCCAUUAAUAAGGGAAAAUGGAAGAUUAGCGAACUCCAGCCUUAGUUAUAACGAACGACAUCCCAUUAUUAUACCUGAGAAAUCCCGUUUUGCUCAUUUAUUCUUAAUAUAUCUUCACCAGCUUACACUACAUGGUGAGCAUCGCUUGAUGCAGCAAAUGGUCCGACAAGAAUUUUAUAUACCGCGUCUAAAGCCACAACUUAAAAAGACGAUUUUUAUGUGCAAACAAUGUACCUUGAACAAACAUAAAAUGCGUACGCAGACCAUGGCAGCUUUACCACCUGAACGCUGCAAUUAUGCUCUACCUUUUACUAUUACUGGGGUAGAUUUUGCUGGACCUUUCGAGAUAAAGGCCUUGAUGUUAAGAUCUUCUUCCUUUAUAAAAGGCUAUGUGGCUGUUUUUGUAUGUUUUACAACAAAGGCAGUACACCUCGAGCUUUGUUCAGAUCUGACAACUGCGGCUUUCCUCGCAGCAUUUGCACGCUUUGUCGGACGACGCGGAUUUCCCUCAAAUAUUAUGAGCGACAAUGGGAAAAACUUUAUCGGAGCACAAAGAGCCACCGAGAAAGAAUUCAUAAACUUCAUGAAAGAAGUAUCUCCCUGAAAUUGUUAAAAAAUAUGCACCUCAAGGGAUCGAUUGGCAGUUUAUGCCUCCAUGUUCUCCACACAUGGGCGGACUUUGGGAAUCAGCAGUCAAAAGCUUUAAGUCCCAUUUAAAGAAAACGGCUGGUAAUCAUAAAUUUAAUUAUGAGGAGUUUACUACACUACUCACUCGUAUCGAAGCCGUAUUAAAUUCAAGACCUAUAUCACCACUCUCGCAAGAUCCCUCCGAUUUCACAGCUCUUACACCUGGACAUUUCCUCAGAGGAGCUCCCCUUCUCGCCAUACCUGAGACAGAAGGAGACUCACUCACUUUAAUAAAUCGAUGGGAAAGAAUCAAGAUUCUUCAUCAUGAAUUCAGCCAUAGAUGGAAGGAGGACUAUCUUAAAGAUCUCCAUAAGAGAUAUCGAUGGAAAACGAUCCAGAAGGAACCCAGUACAGGCGAAUGCGUCAUCAUACAGGACGAUUGCCUUCCCCCAACCAAACGGCGACUAGGUCGCAUUGAAAAGGUACAUCGGGGACGAGAUGGUCAUAUAAGAGUAGUAGAUGUACGAACACAAACUGGCCUACUAACUCGACCACUAGUGAAAUUGUGUUUUCUUCCAAAUACCGAAGAACCGAUCACCGAAAACACGCGAACGCAAACGCAUACAUAAAAUCAAACAAUAAUUAAUCAAAAAUACACCGUUUUACAAUCCAAAUGGACAUUGAAGACAACCAACUUACUCCCAAGACUGUGAAGUCCGCGAUUGCUGCACCUAGAACAUAAGCUCCACCCAUCGCCGCACCAAGGACACGAAGAGUCUUGCGUCCGCCAAGGCAAUCACCUGUUGCAACAUCUAGGGAUACAUAAGAAGAUACAUUUGAAGAAAAUUUGCCUCCCCGAUGCAGCUUAUGCCAUCGACCCCACGUUCUGAAGAGGUGCACUAUCUUCAAAAGCAUGAAACCAGCUCAACGCCAACAGAUCGCCCGCGCACACGGACAUUGCAUGAAUUGCUUGGCAGACUCCCACACCACAUUCGAAUGUCCAACCGACGGGUCAUGCCAAUACUGUCAACGCCCUCAUCAUACCCUGUUUCAUCGGUUCCCUCGCCGAGUCAAUCCACCAGCAAUUCACACAAAUAAUAGACACAGACAGCACGAGGAUCCUAUCCAGCGCCGAAGAGUGCAUCAUUCCAGGCGCACCAGGGGAGCGCACUCACGACCACCUGCCCCAAACUACGGUCAUCGUAACCAACAACCCAAACCAACUGGGCUGAACGCCGUAGUGAGCACUCUGCAACGGUUGCAAAGACUUCUAGGCGAUUAAUCCGCCUAGGGGGGCCGGGAUGUUUAUGCGACCUCUCAUCUUGUGAUAUUUUGCUACGCCGCACAUAUCAUCCUGGCAGCACUCAUCGCACAAAACCCACACACAACACAACAAAAGGUCAUACCACCCAAUGCAACCCAACAUGUCAUCCACACAACCACAGCUACACAUCAUACCAACCACACUACACACCAACACAUCGUUUUUUCACAACCCACAACCGAUACAAAAGGAUUGGUCAGAUGGGAAUAAGGCUCUUUUUUCGUUUUACCCGUGACCUCUAAGGUUUUCGCUAUAAUCGAGACGUUCGUCGACGCAACGCUGUGUAACACUAUUGAACUAAAACUUUAAACAUUUUAAACUUUAAACAAUUUUCACAUUGUUAACUGAACCAAAGUGCCAAUAAUUGUUGUGUAAAGAAAAUAAUACUUUGUAAAAGUCGAUAAGCAUUGAAAAAAGAAAUAAAGAAGUAAAAAUAAAAGGAAUUCGUUUGAAAAGGAAAUAUUCAACCAA